AGCUAGAAGCAGAAGAAGAAACAGGAAGUGGAUCAAAAAGCAGAAGUGUUUUAAAAAUCUAAAAAAGUGUUUGUUGGAGUUGAGCUGCAGUAGAAACAAGCGAGGAGACGACAUUUAUACAAGAAUGAGGUCGUGACGGACGUGGACAGAGUCCUGGGAUCACGGCUCCAACAUGGACGUCCAGCAUCUCCCUGUGAUCAAGGACGAGUUUCCCGUCCACAUAAAGGAGGAAGAGGAGGACGUGUGGACCGGUCAGCGAGGAGAACAUCUCACCGCUGCCGGCGUGAAGAGUGAAGAUGACGAGGAUAAACCUCAGGUUUUACUCCAUCAAAGCCAAACUGAAGCCAGAAGCGAAGCCAGCAGCUCGCUUCAACCGGCGAAAACCGAGCGUGAAGACGUCGACUGUGGAGGAACCGGAACAACCAGGAACCCAGAUCCAGACGUACGAGCAGAUACCGACAGAGACGCUUCAGACUCUUCUGACACCGACGCCACCGAUGACGACGACGACUGGGACGAAGCUCUGUCAGAUUCUGCGUCUGAAAGCGAAGAGAGCGACGACGACUGGAAGGACACGGGGAUAACGCGGAACUCAAGAAAACCUUCCUCCAGCUCCUCGGUUGAUAAGAAACGUUCGAGGCGAAACGUCGACGCAAAGAAGGGAGCUCACGCACAAGAGCAGCCGUUUCACUGUGACGAUUGCGGUAAAAGAUUCAAGCAGAAGACGCAGUUCGUCACGCACUUGGCGGCGCACACGGGAGAGAAACCGUACGGCUGCGACGAGUGCGGGAAAAGAUUCUGUACCUCGUAUUACCUGAAGCUGCACAAGGCGUCGCACAAGGAGGAGAGACCGUACGGCUGCAGCGAGUGCGGGAAGAAGUUCAACACGCAGUCGGUUCUGAACAUGCACAUGACGAUUCACACGGGAGAAAAACCUUUCAGCUGCAGCAGCUGUGGCAGGAAGUUCAGACUGAAAGGUGACCUGACGUUACACAUGAUCACACACUCAGGGAUCAAACCGUUCGGCUGUGGCGACUGUGGCGCCAGGUUCAGCCGACAGAGCAGCCUGCAGAGACACGCCCGGCUUCACGCCGGAGAGGACGGCAAAAGGUUCGUCUGCGACGACUGCGGGAGGAAGUUUUACCGGAACUCGCACCUGAAGAGGCACGUGGUGCUUCACAAAGCGGCGCCAAGAGUCGACACGGGAAAGAGGCCGUUCUCCUGCGACGACUGUGGGAAAAAGUUCAAGCGGAAGACGCAUCUCAACGCGCACACGGCGCUUCACUCGGGAGAGAAACCGUUCGGCUGCACGGUUUGUGACGCAAAGUUUUCCCGACCGGACAGUCUGAGGAGACACGCGAAAAUCCACGCGGAGUAGAAGCUAAUGUGGUGAACGACAGAAUAAACACCAAACAGCUGCAGCUUUUUUUUAUCGUCUCGCUUUAUUGUGCUUCAUUUUCAUAUUAUAUUUGCAGCCACGAGAACUUUUAGCUUUGACUGAAGUCUUCCCAGUUUAUUUAAAAGUCAACUAUCGAUUGAUUUCACAGGAUUAUCAUGAUGUUUAUGUCGUCUGAUGUGUACAGCAUUUAAAUUGGUUUUUAAAAUGAAUGCUUCACUACUUGGCCAUCAAGUCAUGACCAGUGUUACGUUCACAGACAAUAAAGUAUAAUAAUGUCAAUAAAUUUAUUAUUUUUAAAAA